AUGGCAUCGAUAGCUUCAGCAAAAUAUGGCAAGGACAAUGUCCGCGUCUAUAAAGUAGAGAGAGAUGAGCAGACCGGAACUCAAACUGUCACUGAAAUGACCGUUUGUGUAUUACUGGAGGGUGCUAUCGACGUCUCAUAUACCAAGGCCGAUAACAGUGUUGUGGUUGCAACCGAUUCCAUGAAGAAUACAGUUUACAUCAAAGCCAAAGAACAUCCAGUUACUCCACCCGAGCUCUUUGCUAGUAUUCUCGGAACUCACUUUAUCGAGACCUACCCCCAUCUCACCGCAGCCAACAUCAAAAUCAUUACUCACAGAUGGACACGAAUGACUAUCGAUGGCAAACCCCACCCUCACUCAUUCUAUAGAGACGGAAGCGAAACACGAAAUGUUGAAGCCGUUAUCAAGAGAGGAAAGGGCAUCGAUAUCCGCAGCGGAAUUGUUGGGCUCUUGGUUUUGAAGAGCACCGGCUCACAAUUCCAUGGCUUUGUCCGAGACGAGUACACUACACUCCCUGAGGUCUGGGACAGAAUUUUGUCCACUGAUGUUGAUUGUGGCUGGUCAUGGAAAACAUUUGCCGGAUUGGACGCUGUGAAAGAGGCCAUCCCCAAAUUCGAUAAAGCAUUUGACGAUGCCAGAAAUAUCACCAUGAAGACGUUCGCUGAAGAGAACAGCCCAUCUGUACAAAACACCAUGUACAAGAUGUGCGGCUCCAUUUUGGAAGCCGUCCCAGAAGUCGAGGCUGUGGAUUACUCCUUGCCCAAUAAGCAUUAUUUCGAAGUUGAUCUCAGCUGGCACAAGGGUCUUAAGAACACCGGAAAGGACGCAGAAGUUUAUGCUCCUCAAUCUGGACCAAACGGUCUCAUCAAUGUCGCCGUCACUAGAACUCCAGUCACACCAAAGCUAUAG